AGACAAAGACCGCGUCCUGUGGAGAAGGUCCGUGACCAAACAUUUUCGAAGACAUGAGACAGAUGGCACAAUGUGCAUGUUCGGUACUUCAUUAAAGUGGUACGCCGUUCGUAAUUACUGUUAAUCAAAGAAAUACAAAAUGCCGGAGUACAAGUGCAGUUAUCAUGCAUACGAUUUUGUUGAAAUUUGGACAUUUAAGCAUUUGUCUAUCUGUUUACAAAACGGCAUUGUUGAAAUUUAUAUUCUGUGUACGUAUUUAACGUUACACGAUUUGGAAUUUUUAAACUCAAUUACAAAUUUUCAAAUUUUCACCGAGCGGCGUUGGCCUUUAAUUGUUAUUACGCUCUGAUCUUGGAAUGACAACAACUCCCGUACUUCUUUAUCAGGAACGUAAAUAUCACCUUCCGGAUGACAACACUUCAAAUUCAAGGAACUAUUGACAAGACCCCGUGCCUAGAAGUCGAUAAUGUACACAGCUAAAUGUUUUGUACUCAUGAGUUGCUUGAUUUUUUCAUAAGGCCUGUCGAGGUUCAUGACGUCUGCUUCUCUUAAUCCCACUCGAGAGAACUUUAAUUGCUUGUAUAUCUCAUGAGCAUUGAAUAGGACAUGGAAUGCGGGGAUCGAGGUUCAUUUCUCAGAGAGGAUGUGUUAAGUUUUCGCUGAGUUUAAUCUUAUGUGAUGUCAACGAUUUUGUUUGUUUGAUAUAUAAAGUUAAAUUUCAUGGGGAGUCACCAGAAUUAAAUGAGACUUGAAACACAGAGAUCAGCCACCAGUUAGGACGAGAAUAAAGCUAGGAAGCGCUGCGGCGUCGUUUCCGAGAGGUUGUCGAAUUCAGCAAGCCUUAGUGGCAAACAGCAUCCACCACCAUGUCCAGCGAACCAGAACCCGGGACAGUCACGCCGGUACCGGAGCAGGGGGCAACUUCCGUUCCACAUCCGCAAGCCGAAAUCACGACGACAAUCGCAGUGAAGAGGAUAUAUCCAGAAAGUGAAUGGACGUCUCCUGAACCCGAAGCCGAAUCAUCUGCCGAGCCAAUCCCGACGGACAAGUGGGAUGAACCCUUCGUGGAGCCUGUCCCCGAUUGGGACUUGGCGAAAGGUCAACUCGGGACUGCCUGGGAGUUGCACGUAUACGGCAUCGGAGCAACAUUCACCAUUUUGGCAAUUCUUGCAUUUAUAAGUAUUAUCCUCACAGCGACAAUCCCAAAGUUGAAAAGCCGUGGAUACUUCGUGGCGCUGAAUGUUCUUCUGUUUAUCUUCGGGUUAGUCCGGGCCCUUUACAUGUUUGUGGACGCUUAUAACGCGAAAGGGACGCUGCCACCUGUCGUUGCCUAUAGCGCUAUCAACAUCGGAUAUCCGUGCCUAACGACGAUGUUUUAUAUUCUUUUCACGGCGCUGUUUCGGUUGACGAAGUUCCGGAAGAUGGACUCUCGCAUCUUUACAGUGAAGUACUUAGUCGGAGUAAGCACGGGCUUCUUCGUCUUACAGUUCACUACUGAUAUUGUCGUGGGUUUCUUCCUAGAGGCCUGGAUGCUUGCGUUCCUCUGCGAGAUCUUCUUCGUUCUCUGGGGAUUCGUUUUCAGUGUCUUAUUCCUGGUCGUGUUCUUCCGACUAUUACACGCCACAAUUAUGAAACGACGACUGCUGAAAGCCAUGUCUGGUUCCCGGGGGUCGCUUGGCGGACGAACGAAAAAUGUUGUCAUCAGUACGUCGCACCUAGCAGUACCAAAGGAACAUCGUGGGUCUUGCGCCAGUAUAUCGCAACUCGGGAAAGAGAAAACUCAUAAAGUCGAUCCGACUGUCCAAAUCUCGGCAGUCGCGGUCCUCUUUUUCAUUGCAAUCGGUUUUGCGCAUAUUUACGGCUUAAUGAGCGCGAACAGUUUAGCCACUGAAGAAGCGCCCGACCCUUGGCCUUGGUGGUCUUACAAUUUCGUACUGAGGAUUUUAGAGUUGUGUAUGGCUUUCACGGUCUUGUACGUGGCAACAGGACCCAUGCGACGCCGCAAGACUUUGAUGAAGAAGGCGAAGGCUUCGGAGUGGACGCAAAGCGUCACGCCAUCUAAACGCACCUCGCAGACAGUUCUGUGUUUGGACAACUCGAACAUGGCUGGGGGUAAUUCGGCGGAGAACAUGGUCGCAACGGAUGCCCACGUACCAAAGACCGAUGAAAAUGAAACUCUUCCUUUAGAGAAUAUGGGCAGUGACACACAUUUGUGAUUUACACCAAUUUGUAUUUAAGGUAUGCUUGAGGUAGUGCAAAUGGUGAAACAAAGACUGCGGCAUUUAGCUUCGCCUACAAAUGCAUUUUUUCAGUUCUGUAGUCGUUUGGUCUGCAAGCUAGGGGGUUAAUGUUUGCUUCUCCGGCCUGUGCAGGGCCGGAGAAGCGAACAUUAACCCCUGAUUUCCUCAGGAUUAGGUGGAACAGGAUUUGAACUCGCUGUGUAUUUUGAGGACUCGCUGAUUUGGGACAGUGUGCAAGAUUUUGCUCCUUGAGAUUGUACGUACUAUUAUUUCACGUUCGUAAGGCCAGUUUUAUUAAGGGCCCUACGUCUUGCCAUUACCACUGUAUUCGAUUGUUAUUGACUUUGACCUAAACAGUAACUGCUGUUUCAUUUUGAUUUGUAUUAUGUAUGAUAGUUGGUGCUUUAUACAUAAACGUUGUAUUGUCAUUACCCGUGCUGUUAAUGUUCUGCUCAGGGAACCAGUCCGGUGCAUGUUUGUGUAAAGAAAAAUAUACCCCGUUUUUUAAAGAA